UCUCUGAUCUGAUUCUAGGGUUUAUAUUUAUAUACCUUCGCUCUCUCUGCCGUCGUUCUCCCUCUCCGCGCAAAAAACCUAGCUGCACAUCGAGGAACAACAGCAAUGGCCUUUGUCAAAGCUCAUAAGACAAAGGCGUACUUCAAGCGUUUUCAAGUUAAAUACAAAAGAAGGAGAGAGGGAAAGACCGACUACAGGGCGAGGAUUCGCCUGAUCAACCAGGACAAGAACAAGUACAACACCCCAAAAUAUCGUUUUGUUGUACGAUUUAGUAACAAACAUAUUAUUGCACAAAUAAUAUCUGCCAGUAUUGCUGGUGAUAUGAUCCUUGCUGCAGCUUAUUCUCAUGAGCUGCCACGCUAUGGUCUUGAAGUUGGUUUGACCAAUUAUGCAGCAGCUUACUGUACUGGACUACUCUUGGCUCGCCGAGUAUUGAAGAUGCUUGAAAUGGAAGAUGAAUAUGAAGGCAAUGUGGAGGCAACUGGGGAGGAUUAUUCUGUAGAACCCACAGAGAACAGGAGGCCUUUCCGUGCUCUUCUUGAUGUUGGGCUGGUUAGAACAACUACUGGAAACCGUGUUUUUGGUGCUCUUAAGGGAGCAUUGGAUGGUGGACUAGACAUUCCUCAUAGUGACAAAAGGUUUGCUGGCUUCAAAAAGGAGGACAAGCAGCUGGAUCCCGAGGUUCACCGCAAAUACAUAUAUGGUGGACAUGUUGCUUCAUACAUGAGGGCAUUGAUGGAAGACGAACCAGAAAAGUACCAGUCUCACUUCAGUGAGUACAUCAAGAGAGGGAUUGAGGCUGAUAACAUAGAAGAGUUGUACAAGAAGGUCCAUGCAGCCAUUCGUGCUGACCCUACCAUUAAGAAGUCUGAGAAGGAACCCCCCAAAGAACAUAAGAGGUAUAAUUUGAAGAAACUGACAUACGAGGAAAGGAAAUCUAAGUUGAUCGAGCGAUUGAAUGCUCUCAAUUCGGCAGCUGGAGCAGAUGAUGAUGAAGAUGAAGAUGAAGAUGAGUGAAAUUACCUUAUAAAAUUUUAGAAGAAAGUUUUGGGUGUUGUACAUCUAGUUUAGUGCUUCCUAGAGUUCGUUUUGGAUCAACGUUUAUAUUUCUUUUCGUUUUGGAUUUUAGAAUGCUGGCCCGUUUUAGAACUUUACAACUUCGUCAAUCACAUGCAACUUGCAGUUUCGAUUUAGUAAUAAUUAUGUUAUUUUUGCCAAAA